AAGCUAAUACGAUGACGUCAGCUUUGAAGCGCUGAACGAAAACAAUCAACCUCGCUCACUUGUGCUCUCGGACUGUACGGCGUAGCAAUUAGAAUUUUACAGUUUAAGUAUACAUUUGUAAAGGCAGUCGGCCUUCAUAGCACAUUUUCCUGUUUUAUUCGUUUGACCAACCCACUAUCCAUUGUGUAGCCCGCGUUACAGCUUGUGCCUGUUAUCUCUCGCGCAACCUCUCCCUAAAAUCAUGUCUUCGAAGCCCAGCGACGAACUAGGUUCGGAAGGGAAAUGGUUUGGGGACGAUUAUGAAAGAAAUGGCCUGUUUGGAAGCACCCCACCCCGGUUUGAUGAGCUACGUGAAGAUUUAAAACCGAAAACCAGGGAGGAGACGAGCGACCUGGAUCAAUUCCAUCAAUUUGAGGACGAUGGGAAAAGGCCUCCCGUUGCUAUGGAAACUACAUCUACAGGUGACGCCUUGUCUGACCUUUUCCGGAAGCCCAUGAGUGAUGAUGGUGACCUGUACACCUCACUCCUGUCCAAUCAGAGCCAUCCCUCAGGCCAGGAUGCCUCUUACCUGUCUGAUGAUCUGAAGCUCUCCUCUGGCCCCUCCUCCCAGGACACCUUCGACUCCUACAGCAUCUUUGGUUCCUCCAACACCAAGACGAUCACUGACCUGGUUGAUGAGAUGCCCAAGUCCCUGCUGGGGGGCUCCGAGUCGAAGACCGAGGCCUACAACUACAUGGAUAUCAGCCAUGGUGAUGACAUCCACAACCAGCACCAGAGCCAGGGGCCCCUGCAUAGCCUAGUAGACACUGGGCUGUCUAGCUUGGACUCCCUGGGAGGCUACAUGGAUAAGAGCCCUGCAGAACUCGAGGAGGAGGAAGAGGAAGAGGAAGAGAACCUGGGCCCGGCGCUUGACUCGCACUCCUUCCCUUACGUAGAGGAGCCUUCUGAGGAUGAGGAGCUGUCUGACUACCGCUCCUACCGUAACCUGGGCACCCCUCAGACCGCUAGCCCUGUGAAGAUCACCCUGACCGAGUCCCACCCCCCUGCUUCUGCCAAACCCACCCCCCCGCAGGCCAAUGUGUCUGACAAUAUCCUCAGCCUGGGCCUGCAGGGUGUUCCCACGGUUACACUCUCUGAGCCAGAGGACGACAGCCCCAACUCCUCCCCCAAUGCAUCCCCAACAGAGAAAGAAUCUCCGUCCCAAGAACUGUUCAAGGCUGUCCCCAGCAGCAAGCCAACCCCAGGCUCCACCAAGACCAGGGAGCAGGAUGGCAGUAGUGCAGAGUCGGGGGACUCUGAGAUAGAGCUGGUCUCUGAGGAUCCUCCUCUGCAGAGCCCCCCCAGCACCAAAUCCAGUAACAACCCCUUUGAGCAGCCUCCCAGCAGCAAGGGAGGUUUCAGCCAGACUGGCAACCCCUUCGACAAUCCCCCCAGCGCUAAGGGGCCCAUAUCCUACAGCAUCCUGAGGGAGGAGAGGGAGGCUGAGCUGGACAGUGAGCUCUUCAUCGAGUCUGCCAAUGAGGAGAGCCCCAAGAGAGAGGGGUCCGGCCCCAAACAGGGGGUCAACACCCCUUCACCUCUGAUCCCCACCGCUGCUCCCCCCGCCUGCCCUGCCCCAGAGGUGGUUCCAGUCGAGCCUGUCACGAGCUCCAUGAUGAAAUCAUCCAAUGACAAGAUCAAGAGCCACAUGAAGAUGGAAGAGGAUUGCCCCACCAAGCCCAAGCCCCCCACGGCUGCCGUGCCCCCGGAGGUGAGGUCUGAGAGGCCCCUCCUGGAUGACAAGCACAUCACUGAGGGGAAGGGAGACCUGACCAAACCUGCUGCGCCAGUCUUUAUGGAGGGCUUUGACAAACAGAAAGCCAUUGACCUGCUCUACUGGAGGAACGUGAAGCAGUCUGGAGCUGUGUUUGGCAGUGUGCUCCUGCUGCUCUUCUCUCUGACCCAGUUCAGUGUGGUCAGUGUGGGAGCCUACUUAACCCUGGCCGCCCUCUCUGCCAGCAUCAGCUUCAGGAUCUACAAGUCUGUGCUUCAGGCCGUGCAGAAGACCGAUGAAGGGCACCCAUUCAAAUCUUAUCUGGAGGUGGAGAUCUCUCUGUCCCAGGAUCAGAUCGGUAAAUAUGCUGACAAGGCUCUGCUCUACGCCAACACCUGUAUGAAGGAGCUCCGUAGGCUGUUCCUGGUCCAGGACCUCAUCGACUCACUGAAGUUUGCUGUCCUGAUGUGGCUGCUGACCUAUGUGGGCGCUCUCUUCAAUGGCCUGACUCUGCUUAUUCUGGCCGUGGUGUCCAUGUUCAGCAUGCCCAUUGUCUAUGAGAAAAAGCAGGCACAGAUUGACCAAUAUGUGGGACUAAUACGGACCCAAGUGAACUCUGUGGUGGGGAAGAUUCAGGCGAAGAUCCCCGGGGCCAAGCGAAAGGAAGAGUAGACCUGAGUCUUGCUAACAGUGGAGCCCAGCUCAGACUCAGUGGCAGACAGCUUGAUCAUUGUUGGAUAGCCUUGUCAUUAUCUGGGGGUAGUACUAUGUCAUCUAGAAGGUGUUCUCUAAAACCAACCACUGGAGAAGCCUUGACCCCAAAACUGUCUAGAAUGGUUAACACACACAGUAAAUCACCCAUGUUCAAGAUAAGUCUAGGUAGACAAGUACACAAUUUGGAAGAAAAUGUCUUUUUAUUUUGUGUUGCUUGUUAUUAAGCGCAUGAAGUCAAGCCUUGAGUAAAUAUUAUUUUGUAUCUUUCGUGCAGUUCUCACACUAGUUUUUAUUUUCCUUCAGUACUUACAACAAACUAAGGUUUGGCACAAAAAAGCGAUAUGCCUACAGAAAUGCUCUGCUGCCAAUGUUAAAUACUGCUUCAGUUAGCUGGUGGGGCUUCUCUCAGUAUAUAUAGUCAAUAUAUAUACAUUUCAAAAUGAUUUCCUUUGUGUUUUCAAGCACAAAAUAAUUUGAUGUAAUUGUAUUUUUUUUUGCAUAACUAUGUAACUACACACUAUCAUGUUUUAGGUACUGUUGUUCAACUACUAUGAAGACAAGGAUUAUCUGAUGAUAUUUAGCUUGUUUGAAUUAACUGUCCAACUUUGUACAAUGUUCACCUAUACUCAAUGUAGUUCUUAGACCCUGGUCUAACUAUUUGCACUUACAGUAUGUAUUUAAUUACAGAAUAAGACAAAUAAAUGUUCCUUGAUGUAUAAUGUUA